AUGUUGCCCAUGCUGCGGCAUGCAAUGGGUGGUUCGGCUCUGGCGCGGGAAGUGGCGAGUAGAGGCAAGCCGGCUUUAUUCACUGGCUUCUCGAGGUUCUGCAUUUUAGCGGAAGCUCAGCUACCGGACGGGCUCCGAGCAUCCAAGACUGUGGCGGUCCGACUUCAGUCCGCUGCGGAGCAGCUCAAGCCGUCGGAUGCACGCAAAGGUGAGAAAGCUAUAGGAGUCGGAGACAGAGGAGCAGGACUGGUCUACAGAGACGGGCGGCCUGCAUCCAGCUCUGCCAUAGCCACACGCGAGAAAGAGGUCAAGUUUCCACGUGAAGGUGUGUGGGUUGUGAAAAUCCAGCCUCCGCUGGAUGUCAGCAGCGACUCCGCAGGUGGCAUCGGGCGCAUCACGCCAACGACACUGUUGCUCAGCGAUAGACUAUGGAACUUCGUGCGGUUCGUCCGUGAGGAGGACGAUGGACAUUUUGCGCUUCUUCGGUGUGCGUUGGGAGAGCCUCGCCAGGUGGCGUAUCGCUAUGCGGAAGAAUUUGAAGAGAAAGGUCAGAUGCUACGUGUCUACAUCGACGUCAUCCCUACCCAGGUGAUCAGUCGGGAUGGUAGCGAUCAGAAGGCGAAAGUGGCCUGUGACCACGGGCCGACGGAAAUCCGAGAGGCUCUGAGGGCCGGUGCAGGCGUGAGCUGUGGCAUUGCAGGCCGUUUCGAGGAGGUCCCUGACAUUUUGGAGGACCCCCAGGUGCUAGCUUGCUUCCUGGACUUGGGCUCCGGGGGAGAGGACCUUCGAACGGCGUGGGAAGCAGCGUUGCCAGAGAUGUCUGCCUUUGAUGCUCCGGCCUCAGCUGUUUAG